AUGGAGAAUUUUAAUUAUCGAUAUGGAAAUCCUCCGUAUUAUGGUUAUAAUUCUGAAUAUGGAGACUAUCCUACAUAUCAAGAAGAUCCAGAGUUAGCAGCUCGUCAACCUACUCUGGGAGAGCUAGCCGCUUUACAGUCAUCACCUUAUCAACCCACUUUGAGACAGUUAGGAUCUUCAUAUCAGCAGCCACCAGCUCAACCUCAACUUACUGUUAAAGAGGCAGCUCUUCGAGAUUUUCAAAGUGAAAAAGGCCAACAACUUAUCGAAGAGGUCAAUCAAUAUAGGUUGAGUGUGGGGUUGCCGGAAUAUGAUCCUAUAGGAAAUUUGCUUAAAUUGAAUAAGAAUGAGAAGAUUUCUGAAGAUGAUUCAUUGGUCCAGUCUCCUCAACCACCAUCUCAAACUGACCUUGAAUGUGAAGAAUUAGAAGAGACCAAAGAGAUUAACAGUCUAGAUGUUACAAGUUCUCUUGAUUCUUCUGGUAUAUACAUAGUAGUUAAGCAUGAUUCGCUCAUUCUGAGAGUUGGUGACAAAAAUGUAGAUCAAGUUGAUUUUGAUGAGAAUAACAUUCCUAUAGUUUCAAAAGAAGGGUUUCAAGUAGACAAAUGUGGCGAGGUUGUCCAUAGUAUAAGAGAUAGUGAGGAUGAUGUGAAUGUUGGUUCAAUGAAAGACCAAGAAGAGAAUCAAUGGUACAAGAUUGAAUUUGAGAAAGAGGAUGUUGUAGUGUUGGAGUAUAAGUUUAUAUUUUCUAAUGGAAAGGAGAACCACUACAAGAGAUUCAUUGUUGCUGCUGAACAUGGUUUCUUCUGGAAGGUGGAAGCAGAGGUGAUGGGGAAUGAUGAUUAA